UCAUCUURAAGCAUUCCGAACGCCGUAGCAUUUCAAGUGCUGUCUACAAAUUUCACUCCUGAGAAACAUUUCAAGCGUUUCAUAUCGAUUUAAAGGCUUCAUGAAGCGGCGAGUUUAGCAAGCAGGCCAAUAUCUUUUCUGAAGGUGACAUAAUUUGAUUUCUAAAGUGAGAAAAAUGCCAAAAGAUCGCUACCGAAAGGCCCCUGAUAGAGACCACUACACGUCGAAUCAUAGAUCAGACCGACACGAAACAAAUGGUAGCCAGGAACUUGACGAAGGAGUUAUCGAAGUACAAGUUAUCCCCCAGGAUGAUGAUUGGGGAGAAACAGCAACAACUAUCACAGAAACUGCAACAUCAAUCGURACCCUAAGCGAGGGGGACAUCAGCGAAGUAGGGAAGGAGAAAAGACGAUUCGAUUGUAGACAUUUGAAACUCAUUCCAUUGGCCUUCUUUAGUCUGUUGCUCAUUGCUUCGCCAAUUCUAUUUAUCGUUAUCCCCAUAGUUUUAUGGAAGCCGAAUAAAUGCGGUAUUGAAUGCGAUGGCAUGUUUCUGAGUCUGGCUGUAAAAGAAUUUAUCCUAAUUGUCGGGAUUUGGGCUUUGUAUUUUCGAAAGACGCGGGUUUCUAUGCCGAGAGUUAACGUACUUCGAGUAGGAGUCAUGGUUCUUGUUUUCAUWGUGUUGGCUUGCUACUGGUUAUUUUAUGGCUUGAGAAUCAUACGAAACAAAGAAGCAGACUUUUCAGAGAUUCUGAAAUUCGCAGGAACUUUACUGGAUUCGCUAUUGUUUCUUCAUUAUCUUUCUGUGGUAGUAUUGUGGUUGAGACAUUCUGAACCGAUCUACACCCUCAAAGUCAUCCGAAGUACAGAUGGGGUUAGUAAAUUCUACUCGGUCGGCGCUUUGUCGAUUCAAAGGGCUGCUAUUUUUGUGCUUGAGAAGUAUUACAAAGAUUUCCCCGAAUAUAACCCCUACAUGAUGACAUUGCCAGCUCGAACGGCAACCAAACAAUUCUCAACUCUCAAGUUUUACGAUAUCGACGGGAAAGUAACAGACAACAGCAAAGUUAACCCUCGAACAAGAGCUAUAAUCACGUCAAGCUCACAAGGACGGAGAAACCCAGGGAGAAACGAUCGUUUUUACGAGGAGGCUGAGUACGAAAGGAAGGUCAAACGGCGGAAAGCAAGAUUGAUGGCUGUAUGUGAGGAGGCUUUUGGUCACAUACGACGAAUUCAACUUGACAGAGGCCCCACUGUUCCCAUGGAUCCUGAGGAAGCGGCUCAGUCUUUGUUCCCUUCAUUCGCGCGUCCGCUCCAGAAAUACCUACGUACCGUCAAACAACAUCAUCGGCAUAACAUGGAUGCUAUUUUGAAACACUUAGCCCACUGUCUGGCAUUCGACAUGUCACCCAAAGCUUUCUUAGAACGGUACAUGUGCGAGCAACCUUGUGUUGAAUACGUGAGCUCUCGAGACACACAGGAAUGGAGUCUAGUUUGCGAAGAGCAAGUCACUUCGGGUCUCUCAAGCUCGACUGUCUUUCAACUAAAGACUGAAAUCCUGUCGCUUGUUGUCACUGUCAAGGAACUACCGUACUUUGAUCUCUCUGAAGAAGAGUUUGAUUUCGAAAACAAUAAGUUUGUUCUGAAGUUAAACUCUGAAACUUCUGUUUAAUGAAACAAGUACUGACUGACAGUUAGGGGAAAAUAGUAUUCGCAACAAGCCGUGCCAUUAACCAAUUACUUUUGCACUGAAAUCACUUGUAGUUGUAAACCUAUAAGUGUUGUCAAUUGCGUGAAAUCAACACAGCACUGAGUUGGUUUCUUGGGCAUUAAAAAGGCUUCCACAAUAACAUUCUAUUGGCUUCCACGGAGGCAUCAUGCUAGUUUCCUUUUGUUUUUUAGAUGCUGAAGUUGUUGGAAUAUGAGCUGUAAAUUUUCAAGAAAUCGAUGGCUUCUCGUCAGCCUUUCGACCAUCCCUUUUUGUACAAUGUUUAUAAAAUAUCAAAAGAUAAUAGAGCCUCUUAGAAAUGUGUGAAUAGAUGAGAAAAAUUAUUAAUGUAGACAAAAGCAAGCUGCUUGUUUCCUGUGUAUUAAAUGUUAUUGUUCUAGUAUGCAUUCAUAAAACAUUCCAAAGGCCUUUAGUUUUAAUGUAGACCAAUCCAGAAGAUCUUAAUCUCUUUUCUACAUCUAAUUGCGAAAUAUUCAGUGCCAAUAAAGUUUCAUUGAUGACUUUCUUACAAGAAGCUUGUUAUUGGAGUUUAUUAUUUGUCUUUGUUCUUCGAUGACCAUUGUGAGACCUAUUAGCUUAUUUUGUCAUUGAAGUUCUACUUUAACUUCGAGUUUUUGUUACUUGUGCUAAUGCAGCGAGUCUCGAGUUUACGUUUCGUAUUUGUAAUACGUAUAUACCAGUGUACCGUAGAGAUUAUUUCAAGUCAGAAAGUACAAUCCACUUCAAAUGCUUUAUUCGAUUGACACUCCAGGAGUAGCCUAGCGUGAAAAAGGUGUUUAAGACGGGCUUAACUGAUCAGAUACUGCGCUAAAUAACGCGGUAAAUCAAUACACAAUAAGCAAUAUGCAAAACUACAAAUACAAUUAAUCCAAGGAGUAAUUUGUACUCAAAAUAUGUAAUCCCUUAUAUGUGUAAUUCAGAAAAAAUUCAUUUAUAAACAGUAGAUUGGUAUAAACACAGCGACGCCGUUCCAAUCUACCAGUAGAGCUAUUAAUUAAAAGAAUGACAACAAA